UCUUCUCAUGGCACCAUAGAAAGCCAAGACUCAAUGAUGUCUACAACACACUUGCUAGUAUUGCUACUUGGAGUGGUGACUCUCACCGCUCCCACUUUUGGUACCUACGAGUCACCAAAUUAUGGGAAACCCCCUACUCCAGUAUACAAGCCUCCCAAGGUGAAACCACCACCAUAUGAACCUAAGCCACCGGUUUAUACACCUCCAAAAAAAGAGAAGCCUGAACCCAAACCACCAGUGUAUGAACCUCCAAAGAAGGAGAAGCCUGAACCUAAACCACCAGUAUAUGAACCUCCAAAGAAGGAGAAACCUGAGCCAAAAUCACCGGUUUAUACACCUCCAAAGAAAGAGAAACCUGAACCCAAACCACCAGUAUAUGAACCUCCAAAGAAGGAGAAGCCCGAGCCAAAGCCACCGGUUUAUACACCUCCAAAGAAAGAGAAACCUGAACCCAAACCACCAAUGUAUGAACCUCCAAAAAAGCCUCCAAUGUACGAACCUAAGCCACCAAAGCCACCGGUUUAUACACCUCCAAAGAAAAAGAAACCUGAUGAACCCAAACCACCAAUGUAUGAACCUCCAAAAAAGCCUCCAAUGUACGAACCUAAGCCACCAAAACCACCAAUGUAUCAACCUCCCAACAACCCACCAAUAUAUGAGCCCAAACCACCUAAGCCACCAGUUUAUGCACCACCAAAGGAAGAAAAGCCAAAACCUAAACCACCAGUUUAUGAGCCUCCAGCAUAUGAGCCACCAUACGGUCACUAUCCAGGACACCCACCAUUGGGGAAGCCUCAAUAGAAUGCUCCCAUCGGCUAGCCAUUCCCAACAAUUGAGCUACUAGAAAAAUUAGUAUUUAUAAUAAGAGGAACUGCCGGCUGAUGUUCUGUUUUAUUCUUGUAUGGAAUGUAGUAAUGUUUUCUUUCAUGUUUGAUGAGAGACCAGUUGCUCAUGGCUGUACUCAUUCGAAUGCUUAUUCUAUAUCUUCUUGUUUCUCAAUGAGCAAUAUCCUGAUGAUUUCAAAUAAAUUUCAAAAGCCAAUUGCACGAUUAUCUGUCA